AUGGACGGGUUGCCCGGUCGGGCGCUGGGGGCCGCCUGCCUUCUGCUACUGGCAGCCGGCUGGCUGGGGCCCGAGGCCUGGGGUUCGCCCACGCCCCCGCCGUCGCCUGCCGCGCCGCCACCGCCCGGAGCACCAGGCGGCCCGCAGGACACCUGCACGUCGUGCGGCGGUUUCCGGAGGCCAGAGGAGCCAGGUCGGGUGGACGGCGAUUUCCUGGAGGCGGUGAAGCGGCACAUCUUGAGUCGCCUGCAGAUGCGGGGCCGGCCCAACAUCACGCACGCGGUCCCGAAGGCCGCCAUGGUCACGGCCCUGCGCAAGCUGCACGCGGGCAAGGUCCGCGAGGACGGGCGCGUGGAGAUUCCGCAUCUCGACGGUCACGCCAGCUCAGCCCCCGACGGCCAGGAGCGCGUGUCGGAGAUCAUAAGCUUCGCCGAAACAGAUGGCCUCGCCUCCUCCCGGGUCCGCCUGUACUUCUUCAUCUCCAAUGAGGGCAACCAGAACCUGUUUGUGGUCCAGGCCAGCCUGUGGUUGUACCUGAAACUGCUGCCCUACGUCCUGGAGAAGGGCAACCGGCGGAAGGUGCGGGUCAAAGUGUACUUCCAGGAACAGGGUCACGGUGACAGGUGGAACAUGGUGGAGAAGAAGGUGGACCUCAAGCGCAGUGGCUGGCACACCUUCCCACUCACCGAGGCCAUCCAGGCCCUGUUUGAGCGGGGUGAGCGGAGGCUCAGCCUGGACGUGCAGUGUGAAGGUUGCCAGGAGCUGGCCGUGGUGCCAGUGUUUGUAGAUCCCAGUGAGGAGUCCCACAGGCCCUUCGUGGUGGUGCAGGCACGUCUGGGUGACAGCAGACACCGCAUCCGCAAGCGGGGCCUGGAGUGUGAUGGUCGUACUAACCUCUGUUGCAGGCAACAGUUCUACAUUGACUUCCGCGUCAUCGGGUGGAAUGACUGGAUCAUCGCACCCACUGGCUACUAUGGUAACUACUGUGAGGGCAGCUGCCCAGCCUACCUGGCGGGAGUCCCUGGCUCCGCCUCCUCUUUCCACACAGCAGUGGUGAAUCAGUACCGUAUGCGAGGCCUGAACCCAGGCAUGGUAAACUCCUGCUGCAUCCCCACCAAGCUCAGCACCAUGUCCAUGCUCUACUUUGAUGAUGAGUACAACAUCGUGAAGCGGGAUGUGCCCAACAUGAUUGUGGAGGAGUGUGGCUGUGCCUGA